UACGAGGGCGAGUUCAGGAGGCUGAGAAGACAUGGCCAGGGUGUCUGGACGUCGGAGCGAGGCAACCAGCGGUACGAGGGGAGAUGGUUCGACGAUCUGUUCGACGGCGAGGGCCUCUAUACGUCGUCAGGCAAGACGCGCCGCUACGCUGGCACCUUUCGGGCCGGGAAGCGGCACGGGCACGGCACCUGGAAGUCCGGGCAUGGAGAUGAGUACAGCGGCGAGUUCGUGGCCGGCCUGUUUCACGGAGGUGGCCUCCUGCGCACCACAUCCGGGUGCACAUAUGACGGCGAAUGGGUCGAGGGGCAGCUUCACGGCCAGGCAACGUACCAGAGCAAGCAGGGUGUGCGAUACGAGGGAGAGUGGCGGCGCGGUAAGAGGCACGGCCUCGGCACGCAAACCUUCCGAGAUGGCGCGGUCUUCACGGGCACCUUCAAGAGCGACGUCUUCGACGGCCCGGGCGACUGGGUGGACGGCCGCGAGGGCUGCGGCGGCAGCUAUCGGGGCGACUGGUCUAACGGGUUGCGUCACGGCGAGGGGGCCUGGGAGGGUGGCGACAAGGAUUGCUACAAGGGGGGCUUUGUC